AUGGCUUCCUCUACCCAAAAACCCUCUUCUUCUUCUUCUUCUUCUUCUACCUCAAUCCAGAAAUAUAACUUCGAAGUGUUCUUGAGUUUUAGAGGUGAAGACACCCGCAACAAUUUUACGGAUCAUUUAUUCGUAAAUUUGGAUCGGAUGGGGAUUAACACUUUUAGAGACGAUCAACUUGAAAGAGGAGAGGAGAUCAAAUCAGAACUUUUGAAAACUAUUGAAGAAUCAAGAAUUUCCAUAGUUGUGUUCUCAAAAACCUAUGCUCAUUCCAAGUGGUGUUUGGAUGAGUUAGCGAAGAUCAUGGAGUGCAGGGAAGAAAUGGAACAAAUAGUCUUGCCGGUGUUCUACCACGUGGAUCCUUCUGAUGUACGAAAGCAAACAGGGAGCUUCGGAGAGGCAUUUUUCAUCCAUGAAAGAAAUGUAGAUGAGAGAAAGAUGCAAAGGUGGAGGGCUUCCUUGACUGAAGCAAGCAAUCUAAGCGGUUUCCAUGUGAAUGACGGGGGAUGGAAAGUAUUCAAACCAUAUGUCUCAACUUGUCUAGAUCAAAAGAAAUACGAUUCAAUUCUACAAAAGUGUUUGCCAAGAUGAAGAAACUUAGGUUGCUCAAAGUCUAUUGCAAUGAUCAUGAUGGUUUGACAAAAGAGGAGUAUAAAGUGUUUCU